GUUUGGCCUUUGGGCAAGUGAGUUGAGGUGCAUCUUGCCGCCUUGAUCCGAUGGACCUCUGGGCUAGUGUCAAGCACCAGCCUUGAAGAUGCGCAGCCGAAGAUGGCUAGAUAUUCUGCUGUACGUAGUCGCCUCAGUCCAGGCGGAGGUCCUAGUGGUCCAGGCGGACACGGACAUCGCCUUCUACGUCAACGGCGCCGAGAUCUUCGCAGACACCUCUUCCCCGGUGCUGCCCAUGAACGGGGUGCGCCGUGUGAAUGCGUGGGAGACCUCGGCGGUGGCAUACCGCACCAGCCGCACGCUGGAGGUGGGGGACUUGAUCGCGAUGCAGGUCAGCAGCCGUUACGGCUCCUUGGUGAACGUCACCGACGCGCUGGGCAGGAGCACAGAGUAUCCAGCCUACGUGGGUGUGAUCUUGGUCAGCGAAUUCGGCACGAUGAGCUCUUCAGCCUUCAAGUGCUUCACCCAGAAGGAGAGCACGGAGGGGGAGAUCACGCCGUUCCAGUCCGUGAACUUCAAUGACUCUCACUGGCCCAGGGCGCUGGAGCAGGCGGAGAACUGCUGCCCAUGGCGGGAUUACAAAGUGAUGGCCUGGGAGCGCUUAGGGGCGACCUGGGUGGGUCUGCCCACAUCGACCUUUGGGCAAAAUGUCUCGGGGCCUCGGGAGAUGUUCUGCAGGUACACCAUUCGCGGCACAGACCUCCGAAGCCGGCUGCCGGACACGGAGACUGUGAAGGCCUCCGCCUUCGCGCCGGAGGUGACCAUUGUGAGCGUGGAGCUGUCGGUGUCCAUCUCCAAAAUGGAUGUGAUGGUGGAUAGACCGGCCAACAUCUAUUGCGGAGUAAUUGACGUGAGAUACGAGCUGCGGGUGCCGACGCACAACGAGCUCAGAGACUGGGGGGUCCCAGCUUUGGAACUGCCGGGCUCGACCUAUGGCUACCAGAGGUUGGGAGACUCCGAGUUCACGAAUCAGGAACUCGACUAUCCCGCCAUCAUGCGGAUUUCUGUGGAUGAGCUAGCGGACUGUGAGCAGGAGUGCUCCAUCAUCCCAGAGUGCGCCGCCUUGGUGUAUUGGGUGCAGGGCUUUGACUUUGCCACCGGCACGAAUUGUAAGCUGGUGAAUAACAGCUACAACAUCUCAGAGCGAAUGGACCCUAAUGACUUCUCCUCAAUGCAGCUGAGGGAGAGGAUCGUGGUGCCGGUGAUUUACACCUUGACCUACUCGGGCAUGUUGCUCCCGGGCACGCUGUACAACGUGUACUGUUCCGCAGAGGACUUCUCCAACGGCUUGCACUCGAACAUGUCCUUCAUCACCAGCACCCGCAUCACACAAAGGACCGACGGCUGCAUCGACUGCGGCAGCACGGAUCCCCCAGCGGUGGCGAUCCUCGGGGGCUGGGUGGAGGAGAACUCCGUGGGCGUGGCGGCCGCCUCCAGCCGCUCCGGGCGGAUCUUCUGCCACGCCAGGAACACCUCCAGCCUGGUACAGGUCACCGCCGCGGAGGUGCAGGACACGGGCUUCUCCAACUUGGCCACCGUGGGGGGCCAGACGGUGGCCAUCAUCAUCACCGGCCUCGAGGCCUCGACGCAGCACCAGGUGGCCUGUGUCGCGGAGGCGGACGGAGGCCUGCUGAGUGUGCAGGAGCAGAUUGACGUGACCAGGCGCUUGCUGAACACCUCGUCUACGGAGGUAACCAUCAACAGCAUGGAGGUGACCCGGGAAGAGAGCCCCACUGAUACACUCUUCAACGUGAUGACGACGACGCUGCGGGUGGAUAAGCUGGGCUAUGCGUAUUGCCAGGUCUUUCCUUCGGAUAACCUCAUGAACACUGGCGUCCCCGACACCCCACUCCUGGAGGAGCUUGGGGAUCGCGCGAAGGUGACGGACCUUACAACUGACGUGAUGGCAGAGUUUGACCAACUCGACAAGAAUUUCUCGUAUGAGAUUUGGUGCACCUCGAAGUUCGAUGAUUUCUCCAACGAGACGGACGCAGACCUCAUCACCACGCCCUACCCGGUGGCGAGCAUCAAGGCAGAAGACGUGGGCUACCAAUCGGUGGCCGUCACGGUGAGCCUCAGCAAGACGCCGGCCCACGUCUUCUGCGACGCCUUUCCCUGGGCCCUGCGCCCCAGCACCAGCCGCCCGGAGGCGCCCAAGCUGGACCAGAUGGCCAGGUCCCCCUUCAAUACCGUGCUGGACUUGGUGGGGGUCAGCGGUACCGUGGUCAUCGACAUUGGGCCUUUGACCUCAGGCACCUACUACGACCUCUACUGCUACUCGGAGUUCUACCGCCCGCCGCCGCCGCCCGGUGCCAUCCAACCGCCACGGCAGGGCAUGGACAACGAGGGGAUCUUGGCGACACGGCGCCAGAUCCGCGUCAAGGGCCCCCAGUUCGACGAGCUCGGAUGGGAGUGCGUGUCGGGCCGGAAUUGCUCCAUCGACAACAUCCUGGGACAGGGGCUGUCGAUGCAGGAUCAGGUCAUGGUACGGGAGGAUGACUGCCCCGGGCGGUGCCAAUGCCUCGGGGUGGUGGACAGCGCUCGCAAGGGUGGGUCCUGCUCCCCCAUCUCCCAGAGCGAGCUGGUGGUGAGUGGCGUGGGCGUGGACGACAAGCAGGAUCCCCGCGGAGCCUGGUGCUAUGUGACCCCUGGCACCUGCCCGGACGAGGAGGCUUCGGUGUUGUUUCCCUCCAUGACCUUGUCCUACAAGGUGUGCACCUACAACGAGCAGCUGGGCAGCUUGCCAACUGCCCCGCCAGGCUUCCCGAAUCGUGGCCUGGUGGCGUCCCCAGGAAGCGGCGGCCGGGCCUACGUCGUCAGCGCGGAGGCCAUGGUGGCGCCUGGAGCCAUCUACAGCCUCUGCUGGUGCAACGGCACGGAGUCGAGCUGCGCCUUCGAGACAGACUUCCGUGUGCGGCUGGGGGCGAUGCAUAUGGCAGGGCCUUCGGCCCUUCAGCAGGAGUUGAACAUGAGCUGCCGGGUGGGUUUGCCCUGCACGGUGGGCCACUUUGGCGGCCACGCGCUGGAGCCGGGCUCGCGCCUCGUGGCGCUGCCCUUGGACCCUGCUGGGUGCUUGUGGCGCCGGGCCUCGCUGGCGGACCCACAGGGCAUUCCCAACUUCCCGAAUUUGGGGGUGUCCGAACCCUACGACAAGGAACUCAGGGAGUACGACUUCCAAGGGGAGCCCUUGCGGAUUCCUGGCGGCAGGUACACCCUGUGCUGGUGCGGCCCCAAGGCGAAGACUUGGCACAUCGCCCCGGGCCAGGCUUACCGCAUCCCUGACGGCAUCACGCCUGAGCCUUGCCCUCCAGAUCGGCCCGACGACGGGGGCAAGUUCCUGUCGCCGGCGGGGUCGCUGGUGGUCAUUGGGCCUACGCCCAUCGGCAUGAUCUCUUGCAGGCUGGGCGCCUUGUGCUCUCUGCAGCUGCAGGGCUUGGGCCUGCAGGGCAGCGAUCGCCUGAUGGCGCUCAGCCAGUGCGGCCAAGGCGCCUUGCCCCCCGUGGGCUGGACGGACGGGGCCCAGAGCCUCCAGGAGCCGUGGGUGGACGCGGGCUGGGUGAAGUCUGUGGCCUUCUCCACGGAGGAGCUCUUCGCCAUGGGCGUCCCGGUCUCCGACGCCGCGGCGGCGGCGCAGGCGGCGGCCGCGGCGGACGCGGACGGGGGCCUCUCCAACGUGUCGAGGCGGGGCGCCUAUGGCUUCCCCAACUUCGGGGUCACCUUGCCUCAUGCCCAAGCGGGGUACCACCACUGGGGCGGCCCAGUCUGGGCCUUCGCCGGCACCUACGUGCUGUGUUGGUGUGGGGCGGACGCCACGGUGGACGGGUGCCGACGUCCCGAGGACUUCUUGAUGCCCGUAGCGCGGCUGGAGAUUACCGGGCCGGGGACCUUGCCAAAUGCGGCGCAGAUGUUCACCUGCAUGAGGCGCCGGGGAUGUGAGCUCAGCCCUUUGGCGGGCACCCAGCCGCCGGCGAGCAAGCUCCUGGUUGCUGCGGGGGCCUGUGGUGGCUAUCCCCUUCGGGGCAUGCCGCGCUCGGGGCAAUCCUUCCCCUCGCUGGAUGGCCGCGCCUACUCCUGGGGCGGCGACCGGGUGAUGGCGCACCCGGGGCGCUACAACCUCUGCUGGUGCCCCGAGGUGUCCGACUGCGAUCGCUACGAGAACUUCAUCUCUUACGCUGGCAUCCUGCGGGUCAAGGCGCCCGAAGAGACGCCCUCACUGUUUGUGUGCCCGCUGGCGAAGACCUGCAACAUCACAGGCAUCGCUGGCCAGGGCCUGAACAACGACGAUCAGGUCAUGGUGUUGACGAAGUGCGGGGAGGCUGUGGUGGACGCCGAGACCUUCGAGCAGGGCUCCGUGUCGCUGGCCACCUUCGACGAGGGCGGGAGCUUCACGCUGCCGCCGGGGUCCCGCGCCGGCACCUUCCAGGUCUGCUGGUGCCCGGGCGAGCAACUUUGCUUGAACGCGGUGGACUUCAGCAUCACCUUGGGCAGAGUCAUCAUCGGAGGCCCCCAAGACUCGGUGACCUACCGCUGCUUCGAGUGGGAGGCCUGCACCAUUUCAGACCUGGAGGGGGCGAACUUAGCGGAAGGCGACCGCCUGGUGGUGGUCCCGGAUGGCACCGACUGCCUCACCUCCGGUGGCAACCCCACACGCCAGGAGAACUUCCCCAACAACGCGGUGUCCUUCCCGGCCACCGCUGAGGGCAAGGACUUCUCCUGGGGCCCCGGCCUCGUGCGUGCGGCGCCGGGCUACUACGCGCUUUGCUGGUGCCACGCGCCCUACAACGGGGGCGUGUGCACAGAGGAGGGUCCCUUCAACAUCCCUGGCGGGGCUCUCCGAAUCGGCGACAGCCGGGAGUUCCAAUAUGUCACCCGCCCGGAGGACAACCCGCCACGGGACUCUGAUGCCCUGGUGGCAUUGCUUUUGGCGCUGCCGCUGCCACUGCUCUUCUUUGGGGCCAUCUUUCUGGGGGUGAAGCGGCUCAUCGGACGGAAGAAAGCCCAGCAGGACGAGACAAACAAUCCUUGGGCGGAGAGGAUGCGGGUGGACCACCUGCAGGAGAGGUCCAAGCUGCAGGGUGAUGUGGUGGAGGUGGCGGAGACCAGGAAUAAGAUCUCGCAGCUGGCGGACGCGAGGGCGCGGGACCAGGUGACGGGCUCGAAGGACGGGCUGAUGGCGCUCUAUGGGAUGUUGCGGAACUUCGCCCGGGACAUCGUCGCCCCGAAAAAGGUCUUGAAGCGCGCGGGGCCGCUGCGGCCUGCCCCGCUGCGCCCAGCGCCCAAGCGGGGCAUGUCGGACCAUUCCCUGCGCUCCGCCGCGCAGAGUACCACCGACAGCAUCUCCGAGGACUUCUCCUUCGACAAGAAGGUGGAGGAGAGCUCCGACGACGAGGUCUUCACCAAGAAGCCGAAGGCGCCGCCCAAGAGCAUCCCAAAGCCCCCGAGCUUGGAGUUCUUCAGCGUCGCGGACCGACGCAUCCUGCACAUGCUGGAGGAGAUUUCCCCGCCUCACAGCAUCCCGGCGGACCUGCGCUGAGGCUUCAGAUGUCAGGGAUCCCCCGAGCCGAGAGAGAAGCGUCCCCACCUGGCGAUUCCUCCGGCCAUGGAAUGUGUCCA